AUGGGUGCUAUGCAGUCAUCCUGCACUAGGAUGGUGAAUAUUGUAAGGCCAGCUAGACCUGUUUUGAACGUGAGGAUUUGCGGUCAAGAGGGCGCCGGUAAAUCAUCACUAGCCCACUAUAUCAAGUAUGGGAGGAUGGCUACCACGGAAGACUCAAUGAAUGGUACGUUUAGUUUUCAAGUUUCUAAGAGAAUAUUUACCAUUUCCAUUGCAUUGAAUGUAUCGAUCGUGCAUUUUUUUUGUCUGGAAAUAACAACAAAUGUCUAUGUAGAUGCUGAGAUGCAUUGGAUCAUUUAUGGAAAACAUAAGAUGAUGAUAUGGAUAUCGGAUUAUGAAAUCUCAAAAAUGGUUUCCGAUGAAAGCAUAGUUUGUGACGCUUUGAUAUUUGUCCUGGAUGGAACAAACAAGGAAGAAUUCCAAUCGGCAAAAGAAAAUUUAAACCAGCAGUUGGAGAAGACAGUUGGAACUCCUACGCUACUUGUCUUUGUCAACAAGUGUGACGACCCUUCAUUUGGGAACAUUGAUGAAAUCUACAAUUUUUUCGAACUCUACAACAUUAUAGAUCGCCACGUUCGCUUGUUUCCAUGUUCUGCAUCCACCGGUGAGGGUAUAAAGGAAGCCAUGGACUGGCUCUGCCUAAGGUUUGAGGCAACUGAUGAAGGAACCAUCAAUCGAACAAGUUGGUUUAUUAUUCUUCUUCUCACCUACAAAUAUUACAGAAACGCUCUAAGUUCCUCGUUUCACUGA